AGUUGAAUAGAGCUGCCACAGAAUUAUUCAUAUAACAUGUCCCUGAGUCACAAAAUCUUUCACUCCUAUUGUCAUGACUUUAAUCUGCUAGCUACCUAUGGUUAUACCAAAAUUAAAUAUGCUGUUUAGCAACAGGUCUUACAGAGGAUAAACCUGCCAAGAAUGUAGAAAUUAAUCAGACUAUCUUUUAGGAGAAAAGAUGUCUUAAAACAUCUUGAAAGAAUGACUCCCAGAGACCCUGAUUUGUAGCACUGCUGGGAGGAAGUUUGCUUGGAAAUUGAGGUGCAGUACUGAAUCCCAUUUGAGCUACCCCCUUUUUCCUGAAGAAUGGCACUGUCUAAGAGGGAGCUGGAUGAGCUGAAACCAUGGAUAGAGAAGACAGUGAAGAGGGUGCUGGGCUUCUCAGAGCCCACAGUGGUCACAGCAGCACUGAACUGUGUGGGGAAGGGCAUGGACAAGAAGAAGGCAGCUGACCAUCUGAAACCUUUUCUUGAUGAUUCUACUCUCCGAUUUGUGGACAAACUGUUUGAGGCUGUGGAGGAAGGCCGAAGCUCUAGACAUUCCAAGUCUAGCAGUGACAGGAGCAGAAAAAGAGAGCUGAAGGAAGUGUUUGGUGAUGACUCUGAGAUCUCCAAGGAAUCAUCAGGAGUAAAGAAGCGACGGAUACCCCGUUUUGAGGAGGUGGAAGAGGAGCCUGAAGUGAUCCCUGGACCUCCCUCAGAAAGUCCUGGUAUGCUAACUAAGCUCCAGAUCAAACAGAUGAUGGAGGCAGCUACACGGCAAAUCGAGGAGAGGAAAAAGCAGCUGAGCUUCAUUAGCCCCCCUACUCCUCAGCCAAAGACUCCUUCUUCCUCCCAACCAGAGCGACUUCCAAUUGGCAACACUAUUCAGCCCUCUCAGGCUGCCACUUUCAUGAAUGAUGCCAUUGAGAAGGCAAGGAAAGCAGCUGAAUUACAAGCCCGCAUCCAAGCCCAGCUGGCACUGAAGCCAGGGCUCAUUGGCAAUGCCAACAUGGUGGGCCUGGCCAAUCUCCAUGCCAUGGGCAUUGCUCCCCCGAAGGUGGAGUUAAAAGAUCAAACGAAACCUACACCACUGAUUCUCGAUGAGCAAGGCCGGACUGUAGAUGCAACUGGCAAGGAGAUCGAGCUGACGCACCGCAUGCCUACUCUGAAGGCCAAUAUUCGUGCUGUGAAAAGGGAACAAUUCAAACAACAGCUAAAAGAAAAGCCAUCUGAAGAUAUGGAGUCUAAUACUUUUUUUGACCCCCGAGUCUCAAUUGCCCCUUCCCAGCGCCAGAGACGCACUUUUAAAUUCCAUGACAAGGGCAAAUUUGAGAAGAUUGCCCAGCGGUUACGGACAAAGGCUCAACUGGAGAAGCUGCAGGCAGAGAUCUCACAGGCAGCUCGAAAAACAGGCAUCCAUACUUCAACUAGGCUGGCCCUCAUUGCUCCUAAAAAAGAACUAAAGGAAGGAGAUAUCCCUGAAAUUGAGUGGUGGGACUCUUACAUCAUCCCCAAUGGCUUUGACCUUACAGAGGAAAAUCCCAAGAGAGAAGAUUAUUUUGGAAUCACAAAUCUUGUUGAACAUCCAGCCCAACUGAAUCCUCCAGUUGAUAAUGACACACCAGUUACUCUGGGGGUAUAUCUUACUAAGAAGGAACAGAAGAAACUUCGAAGGCAAACAAGGAGGGAAGCACAGAAGGAACUACAAGAGAAAGUCAGGCUGGGCCUGAUGCCUCCUCCAGAACCCAAAGUGAGAAUUUCAAAUUUGAUGCGAGUAUUAGGAACAGAAGCUGUUCAAGACCCCACGAAGGUAGAAGCCCAUGUCAGAGCUCAGAUGGCAAAAAGACAGAAAGCGCAUGAAGAGGCCAACGCUGCCCGAAAACUUACAGCAGAACAGAGAAAGGUCAAGAAAAUUAAAAAGCUUAAAGAAGACAUUUCACAGGGGGUACACAUAUCUGUAUAUAGAGUUCGAAAUUUGAGCAACCCAGCCAAGAAGUUCAAGAUUGAGGCCAAUGCUGGGCAGCUGUACCUGACAGGGGUGGUGGUACUGCACAAGGAUGUCAACGUGGUAGUAGUGGAAGGGGGCCCCAAGGCCCAGAAGAAAUUUAAGCGUCUCAUGCUGCAUCGGAUAAAGUGGGAUGAGCAGACGGCGAGCACAAAGGGAGAUGAUGAUGAGGAAUCUGAUGAAGAAGCUGUGAAGAAAACCAACAAAUGUGUACUAGUCUGGGAGGGUACAGCCAAAGACCGGAGCUUUGGAGAGAUGAAGUUCAAACAGUGCCCUACAGAGAACAUGGCUCGAGAGCACUUCAAAAAGCAUGGGGCUGAACACUACUGGGACCUUGCACUGAGCGAAUCUGUGUUGGAGUCCACCGACUGAAACUACUGCGAGCCCUUGCCUCUCCCCUCCUGCCUUUGUCUCUUCAGUCCUCUUACUCUACUUCCCAACCCAGUCCUAUUUGUGUGUGUGAUCUCAGAACUGUGCCAAGCUGACAUUGGGUCAAAGGGAAAACACCUUAGUCCCUUCCCCAGUCAGCCUGGUGCUGCCCUUUAUUCCCCUUAUGUGCAUAUGAUUAAAGAGUUAUUUUUAAAGUUGGUAUGAUAUUUUUCACACAUUUAUAGGUAUUGGACUUUGGGUCUCCAGGUGAUCUUUUCUCCCAACUUCUGCAAUUGCUGUGGAAAAAGAAAAUUUUGUCAUUGAUAUCUGUGUAUAUAUUGAAUGGAUGAAUGGAUGGAUGGAUGGCUGAAUGGAUGAAUAUGUAUUUUUUGAUGUCUGAUGGAAAUUCUUCACCUCAUCUUGGAGCAAGAAUGAUAAAUACUGUUUUUCUCCAGCAGAGUAAAUAAAGGAGGAGGUGUUCAGUGGGUAAAAGAGGGUGGAACAAAUCUGUUAACCUUCAAGAGAGUCACAAGGCAGAUUACCCCUGGUCUUGGCUUUAUUCUUAACAGGAAGUCAUUUCCUUAAACAGGUACAUAGAUGAGAGAUGUGUGUUGUGGGUGAAGUGGACACAGGAAGAGUCCAAGGAGGAUGUUAUGGGUCAGUUUGUAAAAUGGAAUAGGAUUCAGGAAUUUAGCCUAUUUCCUCUCUUUACUAAUUAAAAAAAUAGAAAAUCUUUUUCUAAAAGGCAACGUGUAGUUUGUUUUUUCUUUUCCAAAGAAUCUGACUAGAUGCGGUUCUUUUCAGAAUGUACUGUUUCUGGUUUGAUUUUAGGAGUAUUUAGGUCAGCAUCAGUAUCCAUUGAAAUCCAGAAUUCUUACCAUAUCUACACUUCAAUUCAUGUUGCCUGUUGAGAACCUACUGGGAAUGGAUCGAACACAGGAGCCAUUAGAGCUCCUGUAACUUGCUCUAGUUGGAGUUUACCAGGAAGUGGUGUUGAAAAAUGGAUACUUGAUUAGAAGUUAAAACAUUCCUUACUAUAAAAUUAACCCUUUAUUAAAAGUUUUAUGUGUUCAGGUCCUAGUUAGAGUUCUAAUUUCAAAACAGUAUGAGAGAGUUUUAGGAUAAAAAAGGUGGAAGGAGACAGGAACUGCUAAAGGCCUUAAGGAAAACCUAAUAUGAUCUCUUUUAGAGAUAAGUAAACUAUAACCCAGACAGGUGAGGUUAACUAAUUAUUCCUGGAGCAGGAUGAAAUCUGAAAAGCUCACCAGGCCUCAGCAAUGAACUGGGUACUUGCUAAUAAUCAUCUCUAUCUGUGAGAUGGGAGCCAGAGAAUUGAACUUGUUUUUGAUACUUCUUGAUUUAAGCAAAUC